UGUUACCCUUAAUAGAGAUCUUCACUUCCUAAAAUUCUUUUCUUUAGAGGAAGAUGGAGGCUAAGGGUUCUAUGGCUUGUUCUUCAGUGUCAUGCCAUAGUGUUGAAACCAUUCACUUCUUUGCAGACUACCAUUCUACUGUUUGGGGUGAUUAUUUCAUUGAGAAUUAUCUAUUACCUUCAAAUCUUCAGAAGCCAGAGGCAUGUAUUCAAAAAAGGAUAGAAGAGCUAAAAGAGGAAGUAAAGAACUUGCUAAAACAUGCUAAUGAUCACUUACAAGAGAUGGAAUUAAUUGAUGCACUUCAACGCCUAGGUGUGGCAUAUCACUUUGAAAAGGAGAUAGAUGAGAUACUAAGCCAAAUCUAUAAUGCUCAUAUUGAGGGUGAAAAUUUGCAUGCUGUUGCCCUUCACUUCCGACUUCUGAGACAGCAUGGCUAUAUCAUAUCCACAAAUGUUUUUAUCGAGUUUAAAGAAGCUGAAGGGAGUUUUAAAGCUACUUUAAAAAAAUGAUGUGAAGGGUUUGCUCAGCCUAUAUGAAGCUGCUUAUCUUUGCACCCAAGAAGAUUAUAUAUUAAAUGAAGCACUGAAUUUUACAAAAGUAUAUCUCAAAA